AUGAUUAUCGUAAUCUUAGUACUUAUGAUGAAAUUACAUGUUUCUCUCAGAUGGAAGAAUAUUUUUCUUAUUUCUCAGAAGUGUUUAAGUAUUCUUACAAGCAAAGCGAGUUCACGAUUCUUAUGUUAGAAUAACGUUAAAUGCACACUUUUCUAAUAAAAGGAUACAUUAUUCAUGUCCCUUGUACUAUUUAUAAUGAUAUGCGUUUUUAUAAUAUUUCUUUUUAAUGACCGUUUAAAUAGCUGUUUACACUAAUGAGAAUUAAAGUUAAUUUUGCAUUGGUGCAUCAAGAAUUUUUAUUCCUCAUAUAAAUACAAAUGAAUGCAUAUGUGAUAUUCGCGAUUAAUAUGCUUGCUAUUCAUGAUUCUACGUAGAUUACAACGACGAUGAUAGUUUCGGAAAGAUCAGUGACGGACUUUGUGAAUGAAAUGUCAUCCGCGCGAUUCCAUGUGUACGUUGCAAAUUCUUUCGUUUAGGGAAUUUUCGUUUAGAUUGCCGGUCUGCCGCUCUCGGGAUAAUCAACUGGAAGGCACGCGGCUUGUCUACGUGUCGUGUGUCGUGUCGCCUCCCGUUAAUGGUCGUGUACUAAUGAAUCCGACACGGCAGAUAGAAAAACGAUUUACUUCUUCUAUCACUUAUCCUAAGCGAUACAUUUCUUUACUUGCAUCCGUAUCACGAGACGAUCUUAUUCCUACAAUUUGAUAAAACGUUAAGAAUGAGCGGUUCGCGACUUGGCAGAGGCCGAGGCGGCCGCCUGGCUCUGUACGGGAGCUGUGGAGUGGUAGCUCUCUUGCUGAUGUUCCUUUAUCGUGCCGCCAUUUCGGAGAUGACCAGGCUACGGGACCUUCAUGAACAAUGCGCUCAUCAGCAGGAGGCUCUCGCCGCCCAACUGCAAGUUAUAUUCGAGUACAAAGUUCGACUGGAGAAAUCCUUGGCGGAAGAGAAGAGUUCGAACGCUGCGGUGAAGCAAGAAUUGCAGCAGCGCGCAUCGCGAGAGAAGUCCUUACGCGACAAGGAUAGCAUAGAGGCGAUGCGAAGGUUCGACUCGCUUCAGCAGACCUAUCAGCUCCUGCAGACGGAGCAUCAGGAUCUACAGGAAGAAUGUAAGAAACGUGAAAAACAGGCACUGGACGAGACUAAUAAGUUGAAAACGACGCUGCAAGAUCUACAUGGUCGCAUCCAGCAGGCGAAAGAGGAGAAGGAGAAAUCCAUGGAGCAUUUGAAGACCAAGUACCUGGAAUUACAAGAUGAGAAGACUCAGCUGGAGAACAAAUACAACGAACUGAUGGCAACUAACGGCAAUGCCGAUAGCACCAUCGAUCAUCUUAGAAAGGAAGUCUUUCAGCUUCAGCGCGAAUUGGAGAGCGCCAAGAAGUCCUACGGAAAAAGCACAUCUCCUGAUCCAGUGCCGAUAACUCCUCGGGCGUCGGCGCCACAAUCAGCAUUGCAGAAAGAGGAAUCACAACCGAUACUAGCACCGCAACCGCAACAACAGAACGCGGCGCGCGAUUCCGCGAGUUCGCGAAAAAUGGAAAAUUCUACUGUAGCGAACAACGCUAAUUUGGUGUCGCCGUCUCUCGUUGACAAAGUCGUACCGGUCAGAUUGCUGUCGAAGGUCAAAUUGCCGGUUGGCGUAUUGCCGAUUCCAGAAAUUAUCGAGCAGAAGAUUGACAACGAAGAAAAACGUCAGGAGGAAAUCCGAAAGCGAGACGACGCGGUGGCUCACAAUAAUUUGCAACCGCCACCGCCAAAACUCGCUCCGGCGGACAGCAAAGAGGAAAAGGAGCCGAUCGUCGAAGCCGGCAAUCUCGAUCCACCGUUCGCCGCGAAUCCUCCCGCCGCGCGACAUGCCGGUGAUCAGAUUGUCGCGAAGAAGAAGGCGAACGAUGCUUGGUCCAAAGUGAGACAACUAAUUGGAAUACAAGAAAUUGGCGAAGAACUCAAUCAGUUGGGUCGUGUUCCUGGAUUAGACGAUGGACAAGCUAAUGGUGGCGACGAUCAGUAUGAUGGCGGCGAUUACGAUAAAGAGCCGCAGCAAAAGAAUGAUAUUCAUUUGGCGGAGGGCGAGGAUGAAGGUGAAGAUGAAGGCGACAUGCUUGAAUAUCCGCAUAAUUUGAAGCAAGAUAAGCGGGAAUAGGGUCAACAUCAUCGUUCGAAAGUUUUUUACGCAACCGACGAUCAAAUUCUAUAAAUGGAAAUCGCCUGAAAAAUAGUAAACUUGACCAAUGUUCACGAUCGUCCCGGUUUCAUCAGCGAAGAAUACUUAUUAUGUAUUAUAAUCUAUAUGAAUCGUUCAAUGAUCAUGUCGGGGGAAAUUAGAGAACAUGAAUCAUUUUAUCUUUAUGUUUCGAAAACUCUUGUAUGAAAUUUUAGAUAUAUGUAUGAUGAUAUAUAUACGGAUAUAUAACCGGAUCAUCAAGGGCACAUUUGAACGUUUGAUGAAGGUUUACGCGGUUCUAAUAAAUCUUUUCCCGAGAACUCAAUGCGAGUACAAGCUCUCAAGGAAGGAAAGAACAAGAUAAACUGUAUUUUUCUAGAUUAAGAUCCAUAGCCGAGAUGCAUGGAGUGGAUUAUGUCAAGACUUAAUCGCACUUAUUACUUAAGACACUCGUGACUUUGUUACUAGUACAAGUGCAUUAAGUUGGGCAUGUAUUGCAUUAGCAGAGAUAAUAUUACUUAGCGAAUGCUCUCGGAAUCAAUCAAUAUCCACGAGAAAAUUGAUUAGAAAAAUGUUUUAUCUAAUGAAUAUUGAAGCUGGUCGUGAAUGACUUCUUUCUAUAUUAAUUCUAUAAUGUUCAUGUGACUGAAGGUAUAUGGCGACUGAUGGCAAUACUGAUCUUUUUACUACUUGUACAAAUGCAGAAUGUAUAAAUGUAGAUAUUUUGUAUAAAUGUAAAAAAAAGUUUGGGAUAUUCUAUGCCCAAUUUUCUUUUUACAUUUAAAAAAUGUUAUUAUCGUUAGAAAAGAGAUUUCAUGAUACAUCGUAGAUUAUCACAGCAGAGUUAUAUGUAAUAUUGCAUAAUGUAAAGUCAUCUCUGCUACUGCAAUCCAAUCCUGUUUUAUGAUACCCAUUAUCAUGGCGAUAAUUGAAUUUUUCAAUUUCAUUAAGAGAAUUUACAUUGAGGUUAUUGACUUAUCAUCAAUAAGCUUUUAAUCUUGUUUUUCAUUUUAUCGAUAUCAAUCGUCGUCGCUAAUAAUUAUAGAUUGUCGAUUUUUAACAAUAAGGUUAAAAAUAAACGUAUCGUUAAAUUAACAUCCGCUAAUGAAAUCGAUUAAAUCUAGCAAAUCGUGUAAGAGCGAUCGGUGGAAUAUUCACGACAUCUUAUUUAUUUUAUCCUUACCGAGAAUCUUAAAAAUUAUGACUUAACUGUCAAAAAGAUUUAUUUUAAGCAGUUCAUAUAUAUGACAAGCAUAGCGUAAUAUUUUGUUAUAGUUUAGAAAUCCAGUUAUAUGUAGAUGUAUACAAAGAGGCGUUAUAAUUGUACAUAAACGUUCUUUUCAUAAUAAAAACGAUUAAAAAAUA